AUGAAUUAUUUGGCGGUAAAUAUAAGAGGAAUAGGGGGUGAAGAGAAACCGAAGUGGAUUAGCAACUUAGUGAAGGAAAAUAAGAUUUCGUUUUUAUGCAUACAAGAGGUUCAAGUGUCAAAUGUUGAUCCAAUAGUGGUAGGAAGAUAUUGGGGAAAAGCGGAUAUGGAGUGGGAAUCUGUGGACGCUAGAGGAAGGUCAGGGGGAUUGAUUUCGGUAUGGGAUCCAGGGAUGUUUUCAAAACAAAGUAUAGUAAGACACGACUCGUUCCUACUAAUUAGCGGGAGCUUGGCUGGGAGUAAUAUAUACAUCAAUAUAGUUAAUGUUUACGCACCGUGUGAUGUUAUGAGAAGGCGAUUGUUAUGGGAAGAAUUAAAGACAGUUAAGGAAGCAUCAAGUGGAGUAUGGAUCAUGGCAGGUGAUUUCAAUGAAGUAAGAGAUGAACAAGAAAGGAUGAACUCAAGAUUUGACAACCAAGGUGCAGCGAUCUUCAAUAACUUUAUAGCCGAAGCAGGUCUUGUAGAAUACCAGAUGUGUGGAUAUAAAUUCACAUAUAUGGCAGACGAUGGUUCAAGUCUUAGCAAAAUAGAUAGGAUACUUGUGUGUGACGGUUUCAUGAACAAGUGGCCCACAGCUAAGUUUGAAGCACUAACAAAACAUGCAUCGGACCAUAGUCCACUAGUACUAUCUUGUAAGAACGUUGAUUUUGGUCCAAUUCCGUUUAGAUUCUUCAAUAGAUGGCUGGAAGAAGACGGUAUAGGUGAUGUGAUUAAGAAAAUCAUGGAGGAGUCAAUGAACGGGGGAAACGGUAUGAGAGAAUUGGCAAAAUUAUUGAAGAAUCUUAAACUGGGAAUAAAAGAAUGGAGGAAGUCAGCAAAAACACAAGAGGAACAGGAAGUUCAAGAUGCUAUUAAAGAGGUAGAGAGGAUAGAAAAGGUGGCGGAAACACGAAGACUUACGGAGACGGAAAAGGAAAGUAGAGUAACUGGUAAAUGGAAGAUAAAGAAUUAUGAAAGGAAGAAAUUAAAAGACUUGAAACAGAAAGCAAAACUCAGGUGGGCUAAACUAGGGGAUGAGAAUUCUAAUUUUUUCCAUAGACUUAUAAAUUGA